AUGGGUGCCGGUUUCCUCGUUGGCGUCAUCGGCGUUCUAAUUCUAUCUCAUGCUACCUAUUCCACAAUCCAAUAUAGGGCUUUGCUCAAGAUUACUGAGGAGGAGUUUUCUGGACCACCCAUUGAUGUUGUUAUCGAAUUGAUAGUUAGUUUAGCGUUAUGCUUGUGGGCUGCAAUGGCUGCCCCUGGAAAUUUCAAGUCAAUCCAUCCUCAAUCUGAGGAAAACAGGGUGGUCGCUUUGCCUGCCAAUCUGGAUUUUAUGAUCUUUAAUCACCGUGGGAAGAUAUUUCCUCUGGAAACCGAGUUGAAGUUGAAGUGA